CUGCGAUCUGCCGAUCGGGCUUUGACCUCGAUAUUUCGAGUCGCAUGCUUUUGAAAAUUUGAAUGAGCCAGUUCAUUGGAGCACUUUGCCAAUAAUUUUUGCCAGAUCAAAAGUAAAGAAUAUAAACGGCUGAAUCUGGUUUACGAUGGUUGAUCUUUGACCGUAUUUUCCGACAUCGAGGAAUCUUCUGUUAGACGUUGUUGGAGCAGGAGAUGUCUCUUCUUGAGGGCGAUCCGAAGCGUGCGCAUGCCCGUGAUCUCCCUGAUGCUAUUGGUGAAACUGGCAAGCAUUCAUCACAAAAUGCUUCAUUAGAGGAUGCUCCCUAUAGUUUUGUAAACCUGCAGCAUCCUUCCAGUAUCCUUCGUGGACUAUAUGGUUUAAAGGCCAGUGGGGCUUUCUGCGAUGUUAUCUUGCACGGAUCCGACGCCGUUCCGGGCUCCAUGGGAGUCUCCUGUCAUCGUCUUGUUCUGAGUGCUUGCAGCAGUUAUUUUCGUGGAAUGUUCACUUCGAAGAUGGACGAAGCCAGUAAGGACGAAAUUCAGCUGCAGAACAUCACGGGAUGCACUUUGAAAGAUGUGAUUAAUUACGCAUACUCGUCGGAGAUAUGUAUCGAUAAGAAUAAUGUGCAGUCGCUGUUGGCCGCUGCAACCUUCCUGGAUAUUGGUCCCAUUCGGGAUGCAUGUUGCAGCUUUCUGGAACGGAAUAUGGACGAAACCAACUGUCUGAUGAUGCAUUGCUUCGCCGAACUGCAUUCGUGUACAAUGCUGGCUGAAAAAGCGAAGAAUUUUGCUCUACAGCGUUUUGCCGCUGUAUCACAGUGCGCGGAGUUUCUUGAGAUGGUCAAAGACAAGGUGAUUGAUUUAAUUGGAUCGGAUGACUUAAAUGUCGAACGGGAGGAGACCGUCUUCGAUGCCGUGGUGCACUGGUUACUCCACGAUCCCAUUCCCCGGACGCCGCAGUUUGCGGAAAUUUUGCAAUAUGUUCGCUUGCCGCUUCUGAGUCCAUAUUAUCUUGAAGAUAUUGUGGCCCCAUUGAGUGCCAUCCAGGACAAUCCAGCUGCUCAAGAUCUCCUUCGAGAAGCAAGAUACUUUCACGAGUUGCCCAAUCGCCGAAUAGAAUGGACAUCCUCGCGCUGCCGAUUACGAAAAUCGUUUGGUUUUGCGGAAGUUAUUGUUUGUGUGGGUGGUGAGGAUGAUAAAGUCGUGCUGCGCAGUGUCGAGUGCUUCAAUCCGCUGAACUCUCAGUGGUGUCACCUAAAAAGCCUUCCACAGGCUGUUAGCAAAGCGGGACUAGUCAUAACUGGAGAAAAUUUCAUGUACCUGUGUGGUGGGGAAUUUCCUGAUGGGUCGGCUGUGCGACAAGUGUAUCGUUACGAUCCGAUUCUGGACGAAUGGCGCGAUAUGGCUCCCUUGCAGCAGGCCCGCUCCGAAGUGGGAGUUGCACUCGUGGACGACCAUAUAUAUGCCAUCGGAGGUUACGAUCGAGUCCGCCGACUGGAGACAGUUGAGCGCUAUGACCCUCACGCCAAUAGAUGGCAGAAUGUGGCCAACCUGCGGACACCGCUGAGUAAUUGUGCCGUUGUAGCGUAUCGCAGUUAUUUGUACAUCUUUGGAGGAGUGAUAUCGUCGGAAAGCUAUGAGAGCACAAAUUAUGCAUUUCGCUAUGAUCCGAAGAAUAACAUGUGGAGCGACUUGGCUAGAAUGCCGACCAACCGCAGCGGAUGCGCGGCUUGUGUUGGUCCAAGCGGCUUAAUUUACGUAAUCGGUGGAAUUGUAAGCGGCCAGGAAACUCUGAAUCGCGUGGAUGCGUAUGAUCCCAGUACGAAUCAGUGGAUAAAGAAAUGUGAUAUGAACACGAAACGGUAUCGACCGGGUGUGUCCGUUUUGGACAAUAAAAUAUACGUUCUGGGCGGAGAGAAGUAUUUGGACAACCAUUCGUCGGAAAUCGAGUUUUAUGAUGAGGCCGCAGACACUUGGACUGUUCAUAAAAGCGAACUGCCUUGUUCCAGAAGUUGGCUGAGCUGUGUGGUCAUGAGAAUUAAGAAAGGCGACCCAAAUGAUCCACCAACGCGCACUAGUCGGGAUAACAGAAUUGGAUGGUCCCGUCCAUGAUAAGCUGGCGUUAUUGUUCGGUAAUCUUUCUGGUCUUAUGUUUGUUACCUCAGCAGAACAAUGAAAUAUCGAAUUUACUGUGAUAGAUUUUACCUAAUCAAUUUCUGCCAUGUGUUAUAAGCGUUCCUUCUCUCAAUUUUGUUUGGUGAUGUGACGCAGUAUUGCUAAUGGUUUGUUAGUGCACUGGGUUUUUGAAUGUUUUUUGGUUUUAAAGUCAUAAUGCGAUCCUCAUUUGUGCAUGCAUGAUCCAGAUUUUGGUGGUUUUUGUUAGUCUCAGUUGGUGAAAUAUUCUGAUAAAGUUUCGAACUGAA